AUGAAUGAGGCAUCUUCAAGUAAGAAAGUGACUCCUGUUCUUCGCUACGUCCCAAAGGCAAGGAAAGUUGAAGAUCCAUCUUCUGAAUUACAAGGUAAGGUGUUAGGAGACUUUACCCUUCCUAUCAAGAGAAAUGAUGCAAUUAAGUCGUCUACAAAGUUGCUUAAAGGGUUUGUCAAAUCAUCAAGCCACAAUUCGCUUCUAAAUCUAGCACUUCCUGCAAAGCACACAGAUGAGGGCUUUGACCCGAAUGCCUACAAGUUGUUAGCAAAAGCUGGAUAUGAUCCCAACGAACCAUCCAAGUUGGGAAAGCUCCCGCCUGAAGCUUCAAACCCUACUCAAAAGAUGAUGAUGGAGAAAUGGUACCCACUGAAGCAAUCACGUGAAGGAUUGGGUUACAAACAACCCCCGUCAAUACGUAUCUCCAUUAAAAGGGAAAGUUGUAACUACAUUACUGCUAAAGAAGUGUCUACGAUGCUUAAUAAGAAGCCUUCUGUGUUUGAUCGACUUACGAAGCCAAGGACCUCAGUCUUUGAUAGGUUGGGACCAUUGAAGAAGGAAAAAAGCGUCAUGGAAACCAAACUUGUAGUUUCAUGUGAAGAGGUCCUCAAAGCAAAGACUCAUACUAUAGUACACACUAAAGAACGGGAGGAAGAUGAAGAAAGUGUGGGGUCAUCAUAUCAUAUCACCAUUCAUGAUGAACAAAAUGUUUCAUCUUAUGCGGAAGUCGAGGAAAAGUGCCUUGAUAUUCGUGUAUGUCAUCACAUAUAUUUCAAUGAUGGUGAUCCUCAAGAGGAUGAAGACGCUAAAGAUGCACCACCUGAGCUUGAAGAAGGGGUGAAGACAACGGUUGUUGCGCUAAAAGAAGUCAAUCUCGGAGUAGUUGAAGAUCUAAAGCCCACAUAUGUCGGUGCCUCUCUAACUAAUGAUGAAGAGGGCAAAUAUAUUGAGCUACUUAAGGAGUUCAAAGACGUAUUUGCUUGGAGCUACAAAGAAAUGCCAUGUUUAGACCACAAGGUGGUUGUUCAUCAUCUUGCUGUCAGACGAAGUGCUCGUCCUGUGAAGCAAGCACAGCGUCGCUUCAGACCUGAACUGGUUCCCUUGAUUGAAACCAAAGUUAACAAGCUUAUUGAGGCUGGUUUUGUUCGUGAAGUUAAAUAUCUUACAUGGAUUUCAAGCAUCGUCCCUGUAAGAAAGAAGAAUGGCCAAAUCCGAGUUUGUGUUGACUUUAGGGACCUAAAUAACGCUUGUCCUAAGGAUGAAUUUCCUCUUCCUAUCCCUGAGCUCAUGAUUGAUGCAACGACUGGACACGAGGCGAUGUCUUUUAUGGAUGGUUCAUCUGGAUAUAAUCAAAUUCGCAUGGCACCGAAGGACGAAGAACUUACUGCCUUUCGCACCCCUAAAGGUAUAUACUGCUACAAGUCAAGGAAGAAGGAUGAUCACUUGCAAUAUUUGAGGAUGGUAUUUGAACGGCUUUGGAGAUACCAACUCAGAAUGAAUUUGUUGAAGUGCGCUUUUGGAGUUACUUCUGGGAAGUUCCUCGAUUUUAUUGUUCGACAUCGAGGUAUCGAAAUUGAUCAAGCUAAGGUGGAUGCCAUCUUGAAAAUGAUCGAGUCUAAAGAUAUUCAUGAAUUAAAAAGCUUGCAGGGUAAGUUGGCAUAUCUUAGAAGAUUUAUUUUGAAUCUGGCUGGAAGAUGGCAACCAUUUAGUCGCCUCAUGAAGAAAGGGAUUCCUUUUGAAUGGAACCAAGCUUGCAGAAAUGCUUUUGAAAGCAUUAAGACUUAUCUGAUGAAACCUCCAGUACUGGCAGCCACCAUACCUGGAAAGCCAUUAAUAUUAUACAUUUCAGCUUAG